AUGAUCUAAAGUCCUACUUAUAAAAAAAUAUAAAAAAUAAAAAGAUUAUAUCAAAUAAUUAAACUUAUAGGCUAAGUCUGGAGCUUGCCAAAGGACUAAGAGAUUUGCAUUCUAAAAAUAUCUUGCAUUUAGAUAUUAAGCCAGGAAAUAUUUUGUUUGGCAUUGAUCUAAAAUGGAAAUAUGGAAGGUUUCACAGCUCAAUAUUCAUCACCCGAAUAAUACUAGCUUGCUAAUUGCCAUUCUAAGAAGUCUAUUACUAAAUCUAGUGAUAUUUAUAGCCUUGGAUUAGUUUUUAUGCAAUUGACUGGAGUUGAUAUUAGUCAAAAAUGGGUUUUUUCUGAAAAACUUAACGGAGGAAACUAUGAUAAAUGUCUUAAUCCAAACUAUGAAUAAUUUAAUACAAUAAUCAAAUAAAUGGUUUGCUAUGAACCUGAAUAAAGAUUAGAAAUAAAUGCCGUUGUUCUUAAAAUUAAAUAAAUAAUAAAAAAUGAAUAUGAAAGCAAUUAGAACUAAUCAAAAAUACAAGUUUUGAAAAAAGCACAAUCAAACGGCCUCUUAUAGAAAAAAGAAGAUUCAAGAGAGCAAACUCCAAUCAAUUUGUCCAGAAAUAGUAGUAACCUAAAUAUUCUAUAAAACUCAGUUGUUGAAUAAGAAGAAUAGCCCAAAUCGACAAUAAAAAAGUUAAAAAUAAUAAGAAGACCAAGCUUAAAAUUAUUUUAAAAUGAUAUAAUUUAAUAAGAAAUAAAUAAAUAAGGAAAUUAAUCUCCUAUCUCUCCUUAGGUUUUUAAGUAAACAAUUUAUAAUUAAAAAAGCGGAGAUAAUACACCAAAGCUUCCAUAAAUAAAAUAAAAUCCUGCUUCAUUUAAUGUAAGUGGCUAUUUUAAUCAUGCCCAAACACCAAAAUAAAUAGUUCAAAACAAAUAUUCAAAUAUUAAACUAGGAUUUUCUAAUGUUUUAGCUUAAAGCUCCUACAGUUCAGAUUUUAAAGAAUCGAAUUCUAAUUCUCCAUUAAGUAUCUACAAUUCUCCUUCAAACUCUUCAAAUUCUCAAAAAUUUAAUUUCAGAUAAAAAACGCCUUCAUAAUUUUCAAACUAUAAUCAAGAUUUUGAUUUCUUCUAAAAAUAACAAUAACAAGAGUUAAAUAGUCCAUAAUAUAAAAUUCCUUUAAGAAAAAUAGAUUCCACGUUAGCAGUUAAAGAUUUUAAUCUACCAAAGUUAAAAUUAGAAAGUAAUAAUAUCCAUAGUAAUAUUUACUAGGAAUAUGCAAUUCAAUAAAACCAACAUAAAAUACAAAAAGUUAAUGGUAAUUUGUUAAAUAGUAGUAAUUAUUUUGGAUAAAAAUAAAAAUAGUAAAAUCACAAUUAAUUUUAAAACUAAGAAUAAGGAAAUAACCAAAAAAGAAGGAGCUCAUCUUUAAUUACUUUCUAAUGA